AUGUUUGCAAGCCACAGCUCCAAUGUCGCUUUGUUGUGUCUGCUCAUCGAUAUCAUGGAGACACGCUGCGCUAGGAAUGCCGUCUCUAUGGUCCCAUUUGACCAUCCCAGUGACGAUUUGGAAGCUGCACUGCUACAUAACAUCGUCCUGGGAUUAAACGCUGCCCACCACUUCGCGCACCUUCGACUCGAAUUCUAUCAGGAGAACACCGACGAGGGCAUUUUCGAUGCAGAAGGCAACUUCAUUCAAGGAUUAAACACGGAAGAGAAAGGGUACCAGCCCGUCAAGCAGUUCUUCGCCAGUGACACGUUUCAAUCGGUCAAAGAUUUGGAUCUAGCGCUUCCACCCAGAGUUGUCGAACAAGCGUUGACAGUCAAAUCCCCAGGCGUGUUCAAAGACCUCGAAUUCCUUACCCUUCGCGCCCAUGUCAACAAUUUGAACACAAGUCAGCCUUCCAAGCGUGUGGUCAACGCCAAAUUCCCCUCCUUGCGCCGCAACCUCGAAUUUACUGCUAUCAAGAUCGCUCGGCAGAACAUACUCAGCCAGGACGACAUUCUUCCACCCAAUCCCAGCCCGCGUUUACGCCACUUAACCUACUGGGCGAAGGAUACCGACCUCUGUGUUCCCUUUCCAAACUUGAAAGCUCUUCGCCUGGUACAGGAUGCCAAAGAUGCCAUUCCAAUACAAGGUUUUUCGGGGCUCCGGAACAAUCUCUCCUGUGCUAAAUCUAUCACCGAACUCCACUUGAACGCUUUUAUUUUCUGCUCCUACUACUCCGGGAAUCGCAUCUUUACUUACAAUAAUGAAGGCGCAAGCCCUGCUUUGAAUGAAACUGUUCCCAACCUCCAUGUCCUAGUCAUCGACUCUAUCGACACGAGCACUGAGAGCAACUGGAUGGAGAAGCACCUUAUCUGCCUGUUGAAAUCUGGGUGGAUUCAGUUUUCUCCGAUGUAUCGGGGACGAGUAGAAUUCGUCUACAACCACGGUGAUCAAGAAGGAUGGAAUCAGUUCAUGGUGUAUGAGCUUCCGAAGGGCCUCAGAGGUUGGGAUAAGGCGAUGGGGUUCUACGACACUGGGUAG